AUCAAUCACAUGACCAAAUCGACGCUAGUAACCACCUCCAAAGCCGACAAAUACUUACGCGUAAAUAAUCCUGAACCACGCCGAGCUGAGACCCCAUUGCCGCAUAUGCCUCAAACCAUAGCUGCAGGAAGUCACGAGACAAACAGACAUCAGGCAUCCGCUCCGCCUUUUCGCAACUCUAACCACAUCCAACAGAGGAUCAGACAAGUCAGCUAUCUACACCAAUUGAUCUUAUUGCUGGGAGUCAUCAUGGGAGAGAGCGGGGAAUUUUGGAGAGAUGUUAAAGAGGCUCGGAAGAGGAGGAAGCAAGAGAACCCGCCACGUCGUCGCUGCUGGGACUGGAUGAUUGUGUCAGGCAACUGUCACUAUGCGAAGAAUCGCUCCUCCUUUCAAGUGUACCGUCGAGUGGGACAGACGGUUCACAAUUGCACUGGAGGGGAUACCUAUAUCGCUGGAGUAGGAACUGUGGAAUUGUACGUGCGCGCAAGCCCGAAGAGACGAUCUCCCACUCGGAAACUCGUCUUAGACAACGUUCUCCAUAUUCCAAGUGCUCUCUGUAAUGGCUUUUCCAUCAACACAUAUCACUUCACUCAUGGCGGGACGACCAGGUGCAGCCCUUUUUUCCAAGGGACUGAUAGACAAGGCUCCGCCCUUUGGUAUGGUCAGCCCUUCCGAGGGCUCGAGAAGCUGGUUCUAGCGGGAAAUCCUCAAGGAGAAUCCUAUCUUGAUGAUGGUCCGAAAUUGCUGAGCAUGACCCUGGGUAAAACAGAACUCGAUGAGAUUUUGUCAGCAGAUUAAUGAAGCUUCUUUCCAGCGUUCAGGGGCGGACGAGGAUGAUCAAGUCACCAGAGUUGUGGAAAGUAGCGUCUACGGUCAGCUUACGAUCCUCCAUGACGUCCAUAGCUGCAAGUGCUUCUGCCCUAUCAUGACCUCCAAUUAGUGUCCUUGCCUGAGGACGAAUCCCUGAUUACCUGGUCAAAUAUCUCCAGCAUGUCUCCGUCUUGUGCACGAAUAUCUGCGUUGUCUACUGCUUUGUGUGACGAGCUACGCCCGAAGUCUUGAUUCGAGCAUUGCCCGAAUUGCGACGAGCUGGUCCACUAGGAACCAACUGCCGAUUGAAUCCCUGGUCCGGGAUAAGCCCUGUACAGGCCAGUUCUCGUAUGAUCGUUGCUGACUUCCGGAAUGACGAAUCAAGGUUGGCACCAACGUCGGUCCGUGACACUUAUAGGAAGCUCGACGGUCACUGUGUUUUAAUUCUCUAGCGAAUUCUUCUAGUCUAAUACUACCUGUUAGUAUCAAC